GCUUGGAAGGGGUAAAAGACGCUGGGCAGAGCAGAGGGAGGAAGUCAGGAUCUUGUCCUUCGCUGCCGGCCACAGCCCUAGCCUGGGGAGAGAAAGGUCAACACUGAGCGCAUCUGGUGUCUCAACUUCCAAAUCCUCCGUUCUUGUUUCCGCUUAAAUGGGAUGCAAGAGUGAACAGGGAAGUUCUGAGGCCAACUGAAGCUUCAUCAAAGCAAGAGAAGAGCUGGCCCGGCAUGAAUUAAAGAACAGAAGGACUCAAGGAGUUUCGGAGACGCUCAAGUGCCAGAGAAGAACUUUGAAGUGUGAAAAGAUUUCCUGUAACUGAAACCAAAAUGGCGCUUAUAGAUCCGUAUCAGCACAUUAUAGUGGAGCACCAGUACUCUCACAAGUUCACGGUCGUGGUGUUACGUGCCACCAAAGUGACCAAGGGUGCCUUCGGGGAUAUGCUUGACACCCCGGAUCCCUAUGUGGAACUGUUCAUCGCUACAACUCCCGACAGCAGGAAGAGAACAAGACACUUCAAUAAUGACAUCAACCCUGUGUGGAACGAGACCUUUGAGUUCAUCUUGGAUCCUAACCAGGAAAACGUUCUAGAGAUCACACUGAUGGAUGCUAAUUACGUCAUGGAUGAAACUCUGGGGACAGCCAAGUUCCCUGUGUCCUCAAUGAAAGUGGGAGAGAAGAAGGAGGUGCCUUUUAUUUUCAAUCAAGUCACGGAAAUGAUUCUGCAAAUGUCUCUUGAAGUUUGCUCAAGCCCAGACCUGCGGUUCAGCAUGGCUCUGUGUGAUCAGGAGAAAGCUUUCAGACAACUGAGAAAGGAGAAUGUUAAGGAGAACAUGAAGAAACUCCUGGGUCCCAAGAAGAGUGAAGGACUGAGUUCCACACGGGAUGUGCCGGUGGUGGCCAUCCUGGGUUCUGGCGGCGGAUUCCGAGCCAUGGUGGGAUUCUCCGGUGUCAUGAAGGCGCUGUAUGAAUCAGGAAUCUUGGAUUGUGCUACCUACAUUGCUGGGCUUUCUGGCUCCACAUGGUACAUGUCCACCUUGUAUUCCCACCCUGAUUUUCCAGAGAAAGGGCCAGAGGAGAUUAACGAAGAGCUAAUGAAAAAUGUUAGCCACAACCCCCUCUUGCUCCUCACGCCGCAGAAGGUUAAGAGAUAUGUCGAGUCUUUAUGGAAGAAGAAAAGCUCUGGCCAACCUGUCACCUUCACCGACAUCUUCGGGAUGCUGAUAGGAGAGACACUGAUUCACAAUAGGAUGAACACUACCCUGAGCAGCCUGAAGGAAAAAGUCAGCACGGCGCAGUGCCCGCUGCCGCUCUUCACCUGCCUGCACGUCAAGCCCGACGUCUCCGAGCUCAUGUUCGCAGAUUGGGUUGAAUUCAGUCCAUAUGAGAUUGGCAUGGCUAAAUAUGGCACAUUUAUGGCUCCUGACUUAUUUGGAAGUAAAUUUUUUAUGGGGAAAGUUGUGAAGAAGUACGAUGAAAACCCCUUGCAUUUCUUGAUGGGCGUCUGGGGAAGUGCCUUUUCUAUACUGUUCAACAGAGUCUUAGGAGUGUCCGGUUCACAAAGCAAAGGUGCCACGAUGGAGGAAGAACUAGAAAAUAUUACAGCAAAACAUAUAGUGAGUAAUGACAGCUCGGAUAGCGACGAUGAAUCACAAGAACCCAAAGGCACUGAAAGUGAAGAGGCAGAGAGAGAAUACCAAAAUGACCACCAGGCCAGCUGGGUGCAUCGCAUGCUCAUGGCCUUGGUGAGUGAUUCCACUUUAUUCAACACCAGAGAAGGCCGCGCAGGGAAGGUGCACAACUUCAUGCUGGGCUUGAAUCUCAACAGCUCGUACCCGCUGUCUCCUCUACGGGACUUCAGACAGGAAUCCUUUGAUGAAGAUGAACCGGACAUGGUCGUCACAGAUCCUGAUGAAUUUGAACGAAUAUAUGAACCCUUGGAUGUGAAGAGUAAAAAGAUCCAUGUGGUAGACAGUGGGCUGACAUUUAACCUGCCAUACCCCUUGAUUCUGAGACCCCAGAGAGGGGUUGAUCUCAUCAUUUCCUUUGACUUUUCUGCAAGGCCGAGUGACACGAGUCCGCCGUUCAAGGAGCUUCUACUGGCAGAGAAGUGGGCUAAAAUGAACAAGCUGCCCUUCCCCAAGAUCGACCCUUACGUGUUUGAUCGAGAGGGACUGAAGGAGUGCUAUGUCUUUAAACCCAAGAAUACGGACGUGGAGAACGACUGUCCAAUUAUCAUCCACUUUGUUCUGGCCAACAUUAACUUCAGAAAGUACAAGUCUCCAGGUGUUCCAAGAGAAACAAAAGAAGAAAAAGAAAUAGCUGACUUUGACAUUUUUGAUGACCCUGAAUCACCAUUUUCAACCUUCAACUUCCAAUAUCCGAAUCAAGCAUUCAAAAGGCUGCAUGACCUGAUGUACUUCAACACGUUGAACAACAUCGACGUGAUAAAGGACGCCCUGGUGGAGAGCAUCGCCUACCGACGACAGAACCCGUCUCGCUGCUCCGUCUCCCUCAGUGACGUCGAGGCCAGAAAGUUUUUCAACAAGGAGUUUCUGGGUAAACCCGCGCCCUAGGGCCUGCCUGGACCGGGGGAAGGCGCGGCCGUGGCGGGCGCCCCAGGCCAGCGAGCAGCGGACCGUGACCGUGGCCGUGGCGCUGCUUCCGUGUCCGCCGGCGGCCGCCUCAGCUGAGGGAGACGCCGGCCGAACAUUCCCCUCCCGCCCGGCCAGGCGUGCCCUUCUCCAAAGACGCGGUUUUCUCUUUAAACUGUAACAGCCGAGUCUCAGAGAGGCCUCCCCUCGUGUGACUGCCUUCACUGACCAGACUAGUCCGCGCGGUGAGAUAACACUAUUUUUUUUUUAAUUUAUAUGUGCUUAUAUGACAUAUAUGAGGUCAAUACAGUCAUACACAAACUCGCGUGGCGUGACGAGUGUUUUGUUCACCUCGUUGAGGCGAAACAUUCCCACAUUCGCUCUUCUCAGAGACAGAAGCUGUUAAAGCUGAACUUAAGCAUGAAGCUUUUUGUAAAAAAACAAAACAAAAAACAACAACAAAAAAACACAAAAGCCUGACAGGCCUGGGCUCGGGGCUGCAGGUGCCAGCUGGCCGCCCACAGGCUGGCGGCCCCGGGAGCGCGGGGAGACAGCUGCUGGCCUGGCCCUCCGGUCCUCCUGGGGCUGCCCCUGGUCCUGUCCAUCCUCCCAGGCCGGCCUGCUCGCCGGAGUCACCUCAAGGAACUGUAACAGUGACAUCAGCAAUGCCAACUCUGUAAGGAACUGAGAGAAGUCCUAACAGUGGAGCUUGGAUGGCUGGGUUUGCAUGCCAACUUGACUAUCCCAAGGGGCACCAAUGGUUGAUAUGCCUCUGGGUGUGUCUUGGCCGCAUGUUGGCAGAGGAGGCAUGUUUGAAUCAACGGAUACCUCUCCGGGGUGAGUAUCUAUCACUUAUUAAUCGAGGGCCUAAAUAGAACAGAAAGGAGGAAGUCAUCCUUUUUGCUUCCUGUCUACCAUCUCGAGCUGAGACAUGGUUUUGCCCACAUCUGGCCUAGAGUCUCCACCCCCGGUUCUUUUAUCUCUCAGCAUGGGGACCUGGGCUGGAACUAUACCACCAGCCUCUCAGGCUCUCCAACUUGCAGGAGUAGAUUGUGGACCUUCUCAGCGUUUGUAACUGAAUGAGUCAGUUCCUCAUAACAGUUUAAAAUGCAUCUGCACCUGAUUGGUUGUGUUUCUCUGAGGAACUUCCUCCAAUGUGAUUCUCCAAGCUAUCACUAAUAUAUAAGCCUUUGUUUUGCCACUUCUGUGUCACUGAGUAACUGCAUACAACUUGAAUUAUGUAGUCUAAAAAGAAUGAUUACUCUUAGCCAUGUUAAAAGG